AUGUCUUUUCCACGAAGUCUUAUUCCUGCUUUAUUUGGUCGAGACUGGUGGGAUGCAUGGGAGUUUCCUAGUCGUAUAUUCGACCAGUACUUUGCCAAAGGAUUAUUAAAUAGUGAUCUGCCAACGACGCCAUACCGCAGUUAUUACAACAGACUUGAUCAAAAGGGAUACACCGGUGAAUCACAAGUCAAAAACGAAAAAGACAAAUUUCAGGUCAUGCUGGACGUGAAUCAAUUUGCUCCAGAGGAAAUUCAGGUAAAAACUGUAGGAAAUUUUGUCGUAGUUGAAGGAAAGCAGGAGGAGAAACCAGACGAGCACGGUUGGGUUUCUCGCCAGUUCGUCCGACACUACAUGCUACCUCGAGGUGUUGAAGCGGAAACAGUGAAGUCUUCCCUGAGCUCUGAUGGUAUUUUAACUAUUGAAGCUCCAAAGAAAAUGUUGGAGAAGUCAAAGCCUAACGAGAGGAUUAUCCCGAUUGCUAUGAAUGAGAAACCUGCAGUACAAGAGGAAUAAAUUACGAUUUAUUCACUGUUAGAAC